AUGCUUGACAAGAUGAACACCGCCCUACACCAAAGUUUCCAGCCUCGUACUUUCGAGUGGCUGGCCGACAACUCAACACAGCUUACAACAUUCGACUGUUUCUAUUACAUACGACCAGUCCAAAAGGAGAUCAUCACCAUCCUCGCCAUCUUUGGCAGUGCGAGCUUUCUCGGCUGGGCCCUCAGCGCAUCCUUCUUCUUUCACACCUACUGCCUUCGACGCAGGUUCAACGUUGUACUUCAUGGCCGGGUCGAACAAGAUCUACUAACCGCCAUGAUGCGGAUGCACGAGGAGUUUCCUGAUCGAAACUUUAAAAUCCUCGUCGCAGAUCCAACUGUCCUUGGAAGUGCGGAUUUCUGGUACCGCAAAAGCUACGGGGACUGGAAGCUGGAACGUAAACUUGACCUAGACGCUAUUAAGACUGAGCUAUCCAAGCUUAACUUGACAUCUAUUCUUGAGAACAUCAAUGUUGACGCACUCUAUCCAAUACAACUCUUUCGCACUCUACUUCCAACCCUAAUUGGCAACUCCCCGUCUCUCCUAAUGAACAUCACUUCCCUAAUCGACAAAGGCCUUCCACUCAAAAUCGCAACUUCAGCAAGUCGGUCAUUCCUUUCCAGAAUGACCGAAUCCUCCGCCCUGGAAAUGAAACUCGAGGGGUAUGAUGUCGAAGCCUUAUGUGUAAGGGUGUCAAGGAAUAUGGGUCAAACCGACAGCAAUCUUGCUAAGGCUGUGAUCGCAAGAGUUGGUAGUCGUCGGAGUGUAGUUGUCGCUCAUUGGUAUCAGUUCCUCUACAAAGGUCUGGUCGAUUUGUUGCCUGGAUGGCUAUGGGACUGGUGUAUCAUACACUACAUUCGCGGGAAGAGAGACCUUGAACUCAAGGGAAGCUAA